AUGGGGAACUUCACCAUCCUGUUCACUGUGAAAAUGGAGCUGAACCUCCAUGAGCCCAUGUACUAUUUCCUCUGCAUGCUGGCUGUCACCAGCCUGGUCCUGUAUACAUCCACCCUGCCCAAAAUGCUGGCAAUUUUCUGGCUCAAUUCCAGAGAGAUCAAUUUCAAUGCCUGCCUCACCCAGACGUACUUCAUUCACUGCUUCUUAGCAAUGGAGUCUGGGAUUCUCGUAGCCAUGGCUUUGGAUCACUUUGUGGCCAUCUGCCAUCCCUUAAGACAUACCACCACUCUGAUGAACCCCCUGGUGGCCAAGAUUGGCCUGGCCGUGGUGCUGCUUGGUUUCAUAGUUGUAUUAUCCUAUCCCUUACUGCCAAGACAAUGGCCUUAUUGCAGAACCAACAUAAUCCCCCAGCCGUACUGCCUGCACAUAGCUAUGGUGAACCUAGCCUGUGCCGACACCCGUGUCAGUAGUUACUACGGCCUCUUUGGAUCUCAUCAUCUCUGUCAUGAACAGAUUUGCCCAAAUGUGCCCCUGCAUUUCAACGUUCUCAUUGCCAACCUGUACGUCUUGCUGCCACCCAUGAUAAACCCCAUCAUCUACGGUGUGAAGACCAAACAGAUCCGGGACAGGCUGCUCUGGCUCUUUACUAAUAAAGGGGCCUAA